GUUCUAGCGGUCCAGCUGAGUCUAUGGCUGACCGACUUUGACAUAGCAGCCGUAUUUGAUAAGGAGAGAGAGAGAGAGAGAGAGAGAGAGAGAGAGAGGAAAUAUUCUCUUUUGCCUUCAUUUUCCGUUUGGUAUUUUUACUUCCAAGUGCAAGCGAGGACUUUUCCCAGAAAACAAAAUAGCUUGAUUCUGAAGUUCUUAAUUUGUUCUCAAGGAUUCAAUACACAAAAACUGAGAUUUCUUGUAUUGUCUUCCAGAGUAAUGAUGUCCGAAGAUGCGCGUUUAGUUCCAUCCAUCAUCACAGGGUUUGCUCAAGAGCCCGAUUCCAAUCCUAACCCUAACCCUAAUACAAAUAAUCAACUCAAAAGGAAGAGAAGUUUACCUGGAACACCAGAUCCAGAUGCAGAAGUGAUAGCUAUGUCCCCAAAAUCCCUAAUGGCCACAAACCGAUUCGUUUGCGAAAUUUGCAACAAGGGUUUCCAGAGAGACCAGAACUUGCAGCUUCACCGACGUGGCCACAACCUUCCAUGGAAGCUCAAACAAAGAUCAAAAACAGAAGUGAUUCGGAAGAAGGUGUACGUGUGCCCAGAAAAGUCCUGCGUGCACCACGAGCCAUCGCGAGCGCUCGGAGACCUCACCGGAAUAAAAAAGCACUUCAGCCGAAAGCACGGCGAGAAGAAGUGGAAGUGCGAGAAGUGCUCAAAGAAAUACGCAGUUCAAUCAGAUUGGAAGGCACAUAGCAAGGUUUGUGGGACUAGAGAGUAUAGAUGUGACUGUGGAACACUCUUUUCCAGGAAGGAUAGCUUCAUAACACACAGAGCCUUCUGUGAUGCUUUAGCAGCUGAGCAAAGUGCAAGAUUCUGCUCAGCUCCAACUACCAGUAAUAUCAAUCCAAGCUUCAUGAAUGGGUCUAUUGCCAAUAAUACCCAUAAACCACAAAGAAUCCCACAUUUUAUACCAAUGUUUCAACCGGAAUUUGCUGGCUCUGACCACCUAGCAGCCAACAAUCAUCUCAGUUCCAAUGCUUUUAUACCUGAAAUGCUGCAAACGGCAUCAAUGGACAUGUUUGGAUCAUCGUCAUCAUCUCAGAUGCAAUGGCUCAUCAACAAUAACAAGUUCGUGGAAGAAUCAUCAUUUGCAAAUGCCAACAAUCUCUCUAUGUCAUCACCAUCAUUACUGCGGGGAGUGCUUAAGGAGGACGAAGAAUCCAAAGGGAGUUUCUCUGAAACAAUAAGUACUACUACUAGCACCUCUUUCUAUAAUAACAACAAUAACAAACAGAACCACCACCACCACCACCAACCCAUGUCAGCCACAGCACUUCUGCAAAAAGCAGCUCGAAUGGGAUCUACAACCAGCAACAACAACAACCCAGCUACAACAUUCAACGACACCACCUUGAACUUCAAUGAUUUGGUGAAUUCUAUGUCUUCCUCGUCAACUCAAGGAGCCACAAUUGAAGAUGGGUCACUGUUCUUGAGCAACAAACACUUGAUGAUGCCAGCUGGAGCAGCAGCCAUGACAAGACAAGGAACAAGUGAGCAAAGCAGUUUAACUAGAGACUUUCUUGGAGUGGGAGGAGGUGAUGCAAUAUUUGGUGGCGGAGUGCCUUUCUUUCAACAAGAGCUAGCAAAGUUAGCUUCUAUGAGUGACUUGAGCCAAUACACUAGUACUACUACCAGUAGUCGGCAUCAAUGACAUCAAUUACAAGUGUCAACAUUUGCCACCAUCAAUUUCAAACAAGGGAAUCUAAUGUACGUUGGUGUGGGCCUGAUUCAGAAAAAGUUCAAUGACAAUGGAGUUGGUUCUACUUUAUUUACUAGAUUUGAGGUAAUUUGCAUUCCCAAGUAAUUAGUAAUGUUUAAUUGUUAGGUUAACGUGAAUGUUUGGCAAUUGUUAUAUUCGACAAACAAGCUUGUGGUUUAUAACAAAAAUAUCUUCUUCCUA